AUGAAGAUUGCCUCCAUAAGUGCCAUCCUUCUUCUCCCGAAUGCAGCUAUCGGUAUCCCACGGUCAGAUCUAGCCGAAGAUGUGGUCUUUGUGCCUAAAUCUCACGAACCCGUGUAUUUAGAAAAACGGCGUGGCGGUGGAGGAGGACAAGGGGGGGGAGGCAGCGGUGGUGGGAGUGGCGGGCGAGGAGGUAGUGGUGGUUCUUCAUCAAGGACAGGCUCGUCUAGCAACUCUGGCGGCUCGUCUCGCAGUGGAUCAGGGCCACAGCCCGCAUAUGGUAGAGGUUCUUACUACGCGGGUGGUGCUCGCAGUCCAUAUACCUCCGGUGCUCUAUCGCCACUAGGAAUAGCACCUAUCAUACUGCCAGCAACUGCUCUGGCAUUCUUCGGUGGCACCUGGCUAUCGUAUUAUGAAUCCAUUUUUAACGGCACUCAACCUGCAAAUUCCAGCGUCGCUAAAAUCGUCGAAGUCAAUGGCACUGAGACCAUUUAUAUCAAUGGCACGUUGCCUAAUGGGACGACUGUUGCCGACUCAUCUGCACCUUCUGACGCUCGGACAGGGAUCCAGACCAGUGGAUAUUGGCCAAUGGUCGCCUUGGUCGCCAGUACCAUUUGGGGGCUGUGA